GUUGGUUUCUAAUGGCAGUCACCUGUCCGCUUCUCAUGACUAUGCAAUUUACCUGGUUUAUUUGGUGUUCUUGUUAGUUAACAGUCAUCAGCUUCAUGUACUGUUGCAUAUAAUGGGCAUUACAUGUCUGUUUGUUGUCAGUAGCAGGUCAACUGCAGCUAUAAUGGAUCGCUGUCAUGGUCAUGGCCUUUCUGAGGCUGAAACUGUAGAAGCUCAUCAGAUACCUGCAACUCAGUUCAAAGUAAAAGAGUUUGAGAGUACUACUGUAAAAAAUAUUAGAGUGAGAGCCAACAUUGGUCAAGAAGAGUGUGGGGCUGAUGGAAUGGCAUGGACACCUUUUUCUUUUAGAAACUCUGCAGGAAGGAAGAUUCAUCUAAGUGAUUUUCGAGAGACUGCUGGACCUACAGGGUAUAUGCAAUGCAUACUGUUAGGGAGGAAUCCCCAGCCAGUGCACUUUGUCUGUUCAUUAGUGAAAAUGUGUUGCGCCCAGUGAAAAAAUGCACCACAACAGAAGUGUGCAUUAUACUCAGUGAUAAUUUUUGGAACUUAAAUUUGGGGGAGCUGGAAGCAUUUAUAGUCAUAUUGUAUUCUCGAGGAACAUAAGGUGCAUGGAGUCUUCCCACGAGAGAUUUACAGAGUCAUGAGUGAGGUCCCAUCUUUUUUAUGCAAACAAUGGCAGGAAACAAAAUUUUAGAAAUCAUGUGAUCUCUCACUUGGCACCAAAGCUAUGUGUCAGCAAUGUAAAGAAGCUGACAAAUUUUGU